CUCUCUCAUAAAUAUCAGUGUCCAGGGACCAAAACCGCAUCACCCCUCUUCUCAUAACUCUUUCCCACUCCCUCUCGCCUCUCUCUUCGAAAAAAGCUCUCGACGCCCAGAGACCUCACCGCCCUCCGAUCCCUCUUCGUCUUGGUUUAUGAGCUCGAAGGAGAGACCCACUCUUGGUGGCACGCGGAUUAAAACCCGCAAACGGAAUAUUGCAGCGCCGCUGGACCCUGCAGCUUUUGCGGAUGCAGUGGUCCAGAUUUAUCUGGAUAAUGCUGGUGAUCUGGAACUUAUUGCCAAGAGCAUUGAAUCUUCAGACCUUAACUUCUCAAGAUACGGUGACACCUUUUUUGAGGUUGUUUUCACUGGAGGCCGUACACAACCUGGAACAACAAAACCUGAUGAGGGGGAGCGCCACCCUUACUCUGUACUAGAGUCUGAGCCUACACGUGAACUCAUCUUGCCAUCGGUUAUCUACAUUCAGAAAAUUUUGAGGCGGAGGCCAUUUCUGAUUAAGAAUCUCGAAAAUGUUAUGCGACGAUUCCUUCAAUCGUUGGAGCUUUUUGAGGAAAAUGAAAGGAAGAAGCUGGCUAUUUUCACAGCACUUGCAUUCUCUCAGAAGCUGUCAGGACUUCCACCAGAAACGGUGUUCCAGCCAAUGCUCAAGGAUAAUCUUGUUGGCAAAGGGCUAGUUCUAUCGUUCAUUACUGAGUUUUUCAAGGAGUAUUUGAUUGAUAAUAGUCUUGAUGAUUUGAUUUCCAUUCUGAAGCGGGGUAAAGUGGAGGACAAUCUUUUGGAAUUCUUCCCUUCCGCAAAGAGAACCGAAGAGAGUUUCUCUGAGCAUUUCACAAAGGAAGGGCUAGUUGCCUUAGUUGAGUACAACGAGAAGAAAAUUUUCGAAGUGAAGCUUAAGGAAAUGAAAUCUGCUUUAACAACCCAGAUAACAGAGGAAACCGAUAUGUCUGAAGUCAUUGAGACUGUGAAGCAGCGUGUUAAAGACGCCAAAUUGCCCGAUGUUGAAGUUGUGCGAAUUCUGUGGGAUGUCAUUAUGGACGCUGUGCAGUGGUCUGGUAAGAACCAGCAGCAGAAUGCUAAUGCAGCUCUUCGCCAGGUGAAAACAUGGGCAGAACUGCUGAACACCUUUUGCACGAAUGGGAAGCUUGAGCUGGAACUGAUGUACAAGGUUCAGAUGCAGUGCUAUGAGGAUGCUAAGCUGAUGAAGCUUUUCCCUGAUAUUGUAAAGUCCCUCUAUGACGAGGAUGUGCUUGCAGAAGACACCAUUCUCCAUUGGUUCCGCAAGGGAACAAACCCCAAGGGCAGGCAAACUUUUGUGAAGGCCCUGGAGCCAUUGGUGAACUGGCUGGAGGAGGCAGAAGAGGAGGAAUAGAUGCAGCUGAAGCUGUUGUUUCUGUCUGUUCAUCUGACGGACCUGUACCGCCUGCCUCGAUUAUCCUAUCAAAUCUAUCUCUCCUCCGAGAGAAUCAAACUCAUAAAUAUUCUAUAAAACCUAAUUAAGCUUAGCCCCUUUGGUGUGCCUGUUGAAUGUUGAUGACGAUGACGAUGACGACGACGACGUCGUGAGGAUGCUGCAUUAUAAAUAAUUUGAUGCUUUUGCUUUUAUUUCGUUGCACGAUGCCAUAGUAGAUUUGAUUCGAUUUUGUUCAUCACAUUUUGAUAAUUAAAUGUGGUAUGAUGCUUUUGGUUUUA